AUGGCAGAGACGGGCUUUGCCGCAUUGUUAGCCUACAUCCAAGCACAAUGCGAUGUGCUUAAAGGUUUGGGCAAGGAUUUGAAGUCUUGUUUGCGUACUGGUGCUGGCACACAUGGACACGAAGCUAAUCCUGAGCGAAUGAAGCACUACAAGCUCUACUGCAGACUCGAGAAAAAUUUUACGGAAGAGCACAAACAAGCCUUAAAAGAGUGGGAGGAUCAGAUUUGUGGCGAUGAUGCGGUCUUGCCACCCGCAUAUGAAGCCGAGUUUAAUCGUUUAAUUCAUAUACUUGAGAAUCGUGAGGAUGAGUUGAAGGCCAUGAGAAAGUCCAGUCUCGAAGCUUGUUUCAUGACCAAUGCGAGCAACGCAGACAUUCUUGAUGAAUGGAGUGAGAAGAUCUGCGGCGAUGGCGCGGUGGUGCGACCCGCCAUCGACACAGACGCCUUCCAACGGUUUGUGUUCAUUUUGGAUUCUCGAGCACAGGAGUUGAUUGCCCUGCGCAAGCAUGAUCUCAAGGCAGUCUUUUCGUCGCAUAUUUGCAAAACCGAUUUCCAGUUAAAGUUUUGUCAAAAUUUUUGGCAACGAAAUGCUGACAAGUUGAGUUCCGAGCAACAACAGCAAGUGGAGGAUUUGUCGGCCGUUCUCCUUUGGCCUCGCACACAAGACGAUCGUGCGGCGUUGCGGCCCGCGAUUGUCCGGAUGGUGGAGAAAUUUGAAGGGAUCAUUGAUCGGAGGAAAGCCGAAUUUUUGAAACUGGGUGCUGCCAGUGCUCAAGGCCUUUUUGCACGUCACAGUCUGAAGACAGAUUCCGAACUACGAUUUUGUUACGACUUUUUGAGUCGUGUGUUGCCUAAGCUUGAAGAUGCAGAGCAGCAACGGCUGCGUAGCAAACUCGAAGAGGUUUUGGUCAAAAGCUGCGCUGUGCCUCUGAAAGCGCCUCAUGAAGCAAAACUGCAUGUCGCAGAAACAGUCUUAGGUGAUUCGCUUCCACGCCCACGAAUGCCAAAGAGUUUGAGGCAAUUGUUUGGCAAUAGCAUGGAUGCAGAAGCCCGCAUCAUGCCUUUCUUCCACCGUGUGCACGAGGUGGAUGAGUUCAUGGUUUCGUUGGAGCGUGCCACGGACGGCUACCCAAAGGAGCCUGUCCGGUUGACUGCCACGAACUUUGCAGACCCUGGUUUUACCUUACCAGAAACAGAUGCUUUGAGUUUUUUCGAAGAAGAGAUUCUGUCACCUAUCCAGCACAUAGUCCGUGUCUUCACCUUGCACACAACAGGGCAAUGUGAGCUUCGUGGACACGUGGGUAACCUGUUUCAAAACGGUCCACAGUAUGUGCGCAACAUUCCUGCGGCCAUUGGCGACAUGAAAAUGUUGUUGAUACGGCGCUGCCCGAAAGACCCAAAUCGGAAGCAGCGAGUGCCCUUCUUGGUGUCGAGGCGGCGCUUAGAACGUGCGCUAGAUCGCAUUUGCCGUAGUUUGGAGGAGGGCGGCUCCUUAGCGCUUCAGCCCGGAGCAUUGACGCCCGGUGGGUAUGUCGAGUUGUUGAAGAAAGAGAACUUGGGGCAAUAUUCAGACACUGAGGAAGGUGAGGAACCCCAUGGUUUGCAAGUUGAGGUGGUGGAACAAACGCCAUGGGAGCGAGUGGAGCGCAAGCUGUUCGCUACGUGGAUGUCCUGUUCCUUGGAGUUGCAGAUGGCCGCACAAGUGCGCUUGUUGCACGAGCCGCAGGAUGCGCAGGACCCGGCGGAGCGGAUGGAUGUUUUGUGGCAGAAUCUCCGCGCUGCCAUGGAUGCCAAAGCCCCGGAUGUAGUUGGUGGCCCGGCAGACUUGAUGUUAAAGACGCUUGCCCAAUAUUUGUCCCUGCAGUUCUCCGACAAAAGUGUGCUCUCAGUGGAGAACAUUUUACACGACGAACUGACUGCAGUGCAGGAGUUGGCAAGCUGGGAAGAGCCUUUGGUGUCUGAUGGCCUUUGGUCGCCUGAAGAUGUAGCCGGGCAGCAGACGGAAGCGGAGUUGAAAGAUGAGUUGUGGGAAGCAGUCUGCGCGGCGAACGAGAGUGGCAGCAACAAAUCCACCAUCCGCCGCUUUGGAGCGGCUCGUGUGCAAGGAGUGCCAAUUCUGGAUCCUCCAACCGUAGCAUCCAGAAACCAGCUUGUUCGCGAAGACCAGCCGUAUUACAUCGUUGCUGGUUUUGUGAAAUUGUUUCCUCUUGGAUACGGAGAUUUCUGGGCACAUCUGCAUCAGCGGCAAGAAGAGAACCAGCAACCUUUGUCUUUCUGGGAAUGGCUAAAGCAUUUGCUUUUGCGCUCUGAUGGCAGGUUUCAAGCCCAUCCCCGGUUUUAUUUCUUUGCGUUGAACACUGCUCUGAGGAACAAGGCGUUGCGCGCCCGAGGGUACUUCAUGAAGCGGCAGCAAGGAGCCAGCAAUAAUGUAGCGUACACCACUGAAGAACUUUUCAACAUGGGUAAAGCUCAGUUCACCAAGAUCGUUUCCGCUUUCGAACAUUCCAUGGCUGGCUCUGCGCAGGAGAAGUUGAGACAACGCAGUGACUUAGAGGCCAUGGUGGAACAGAUUGAGCAAGAGACCUUGCAAGACCAGGCUCACGCUUUGUUACAGUCUUGGCAGACCGCUGACCUAGCUUGCAAACUGCUUGAGCAGCAAGGGUGCGCUGCUGCCACGGCGGAGCUGCAAGCUGCUUGCCUCGCUGCAAAAGCUGCUGUUGAGAAAGUGUUGUCGCCUGAAACCAUAGAAGCCCAAGCCAAGCCUUCCGUCUCGCGCGUCGAUGUGGACCGCGGGAUGGAUGAAGCAGCUCAAGCCGAUGUCGCGCGCGUCGAUGUGGACCGCGCGGCAGAACCCUUGCAGCAAGAAUUUGAAGUCAGUUUUCCUGAGCAAGAUAGUGCUUUUGUAGGUUCAAGGCCUGGUUCCGGGCGCAAAACCCUUGAAAGUUUGUUGUCUGAAGUGCAACAGCGCAGUUUGUGCGUGCAAGGCGGUGGCGAGAUCCCGUGUCAUUUCAGCACAUUGACCACCGCCAUCUACCAUUGGGACGACCUUGCCCAAUGUUUGGAGCGCUAUGAAGCAGCAGUACGAAAGCGGCGGGGCGACAGAGCGGAUCCUUUGGAACCAGCAGAACGGCAGUUAGCGCCGGAACGCCGGCGAGUCCUCCGCUACCCGGGCGUUGUCGCCUGGUUCACGGCUUACAAAAUGGAACUGUUCUACAAACACGUGCUGAGGUACGAGGAUGGGCAAGGUGUGUUCGAGUGGGGCGCAGGCGGAAUCAUGCACUUGCAUUCGAUCAACUUUGGAUCAUGCAUGCCCCGUGUCGAUCCAACCGCAGCAGGGAUGCAGCAGCCAGAUGAAAAGACAGCCGAGAUAUCCGCUCAGUUUGCUGAAAUGCACGAGGAGUAUUUGACCGAUUGGAGCUUUGCAAAAGCCGAAAAGUGGAAUGCCGGCUUGCAAGUGGGCCUGUCUGCAGAUGUCUUUGGACAGCAUGCAGUUGCAGAGGAUGUAGAUUUUCAACGUGUCUUCCCAACUGCAACUAGCAUGGUGUAUGUGAUUUCGCAAGGUGCGCGUGCCACCAAGGUACUCACGCAAGACGAGCGGCAGCUGCUACAAGACUUGGAUUUGGACUUGCAAGAUGCAGCUUGGCACGCUUGCCGCAUCUCAGUGCAGCAAAAAGCUUUGCUAAUGACGAACAACUGCCGGCUGGUCCGGCGUGCGCGCCGCAAAUGGUACCGAAGACUCACAGAGAAGUGCAACAUGCACGAUCGGCACGCGGGCUUAGGCUCGAAUGGGGACAAGGAAAGGGAAUGUGAACUGGAAGCUGUUUUGGCGACUUUGGAGGCAUUAAGUCAUGUAGAUUGCUGUGUUUUUGCGGGCGACUUGAACAUGCGUUCAGUCGAAGGGUUGCCGGCAGAUGUGUCCUCAAGGUGGCGAGAUGCGUGGCAGGAAGAUGGCAGUCCGGAAGAUCGAUGCGGCACCUGGCGCCCGGAGGCCGCGCCUGCGCAGGACGCACGAGUCUGCACAUGGCGCUUUGAUCGGAUUCUGACCUUAUGCCAGUUUGGUAGCAUGGAUAAGCCGAGUCCUACGCCGUUGCGGGCUGGGACAGAGGCUGCUGAACGGGUUUCUUUCGCCACUGUAGAGCUGCAGCGUGGAUCUUUUGAUGUUCAAUUUCAAGCAGCUGACUUGGAUCACGCGUUUGUUUCUGCAACUUUCAAUGUCAUGCCUUUGGCUGCUGGGGCGCGCGAGGUGUCGAGCGAGUGUUUGAAAGUGUUGCGACCUGGCCUGGGUCCCAAAAUAGCGCGCAGACCUUUGGAGCGCGAGAGUUGCGCGCAGAGACAGCACGCCCAAAGUUUUUGCGGCAAGGACCACGAGAAGCCUCGCAUGUUGCCCGGCAUGGGCGCCAUACUUGAAGAUUCCCGCCGCAAGUCUCUGUUCCGUUUGUACACCCGUCGGAAUUGCCACCAUCUGAACACACACGACCCCUUGAAGGCCAUGGGCUUGGUGGCAAACGUGGAUGAUCAAAAUGUGUUGACGGCGCAAGCCGCCGUCAACUACUUGACCAAGUACUUGGGGAAAAUCGGCGGGGGACACAGCGCACAUAGCCGAAUUAGUGGUUUGAUCGAUGACAUUGUGUGUUGCAUGGGAGAUCGUGAGACAAUGACCGUUGCAUCCCUUUUGUCGAAGCUCUUCAUUCACUCGGCUGUUCCGGAGGAAAUUUGUUCCCUUGAGGCAUGGCAUGUUUUGCUGGACCUGCCCCGUGUCCAGGUAUAUGUGCCGCCUGUGUACAUCGAAGCGACUAAAGAUGCCGAUACGGAAGAACAAGAGCCAGAGGUUCUGACUGCGCAGCUGCAGCAAUGUUCUCUGCGUUGCGGGACCCUGAACAUGCACUUGCUUUCGCCCGGUCCUUGGUUUGAACCUCUUCUUGAGCAGUGUGAUGUUAUGUUCUUGCAGGAAGUUACAACUCAGUGCUUGGAAGACUUGCUUGUUAGGGCAACAGAAAGGUUACGAAGUGGUGUGACCUCGUUGAACAUCAAGGAGGAUUCGAAUGCUUUGAAAGAUUUGGCCAGCGUGGAACUGGCAAGGGUAGAUGAGAAUGUUGUGAAAAAGAGCAAGGUGGCCCUCUACUUGGAUAGGUUUAAUAUGAGAGCUCAGGCCGAUAUAUCUGCAGCAUCCCUGGAAAACAUGUCCCUGUUCCAGUUCAUCAGUCGCACGGAUCGCCGUGGAAAGUCGUUGCUUUUGCGGAAAAAAAGCAUAAUUGUUAAGGAGAGGCCAUUCCUGCGCUUGGACGCUCGUCGCAAGGAGGCGGGCGCCAUGGCUCGUUUGUGUUUGCGCUUGCAUCGACCUUUUCGAACGGAGGAGGAUGACCCUAUCCAUCUCGAGGAAGCAUCGGCCGUGACAGAGUUGCAUGCGUUUGUGCAGAGUCCGACGUGCCCAGUGUGGCUGAAGAAAAGGUACGCUAAGCACAACCGGGUGAAGGCGCUGAGGCGCGCCGAUGCAGCUGCGGACAACAGUGAGAGUCACGGUGCGGAGGUGUGUCCCGCCGUGCCUGCCGCCAGCGCAGCGUCGGUCCCUGCCGUAGCCGCCGCGACGAUGCCUGCUUCGCCAGCAGUCGAAAACCAAGAUGGGGUGCGCGGUGCGGAGGUGCGUCCCGCCGCGGCAGCGCUUGUCUCCAGUCAAGCAAAAGCAGCUACCCGCGCAGUCCACGUGAUCAACUUGUGCGCCGGGCACAACCCGGAAGAGUCUGGAGCGGAGGAUACUGCCGAGGGCAAUCCGGAUCCAAAUGAGAAGUUUUUAGCAAACACACUGUCCAACCGGCAGAUGAUUGCCAAUCGUCAUGGGUUGUUGUGGAUUAGUAGGCCUGGGGAUCACCGUCACAGCAUCGUGGAUGCCGUUCGCUUGCAGCGACCGCCUUUGAAGAUGGUGUGUGUCAAACAGUAUCUGGAAGCACUGACGGAGACAAAGCCAAAAGGUUCUAAGAAGGUGCAGUUUUUUGUGGAGCGUUUUGUUUUCUUGAUGUUGUACAUUGACUUGCAACCCUACGAAAAAAGAGGAGCCGGUGUUUUCAAGCAGUGCUUAAGCAAAAAAGCAUUGCAAAGCUUAGCAAAUGCAUUUUUCCAGUCACAGGGUUCCGCCGUCACUGGCAAGCAGAAAAAAAAUGUGGUGCUCAAACCUUACGCCGAACUUUGGGAAUACAUCAAAGCGGAAACCUUGAAACAGUGUGGUUUGGCAGUUUCCUCUUCGCCAGCGCAUCGUGUGGGUUUCGAUGGACCGGUGAGCAUCCCGCACGCCGAGCUCAAGACGGGCGCAUGGCGACAGAGUGUGUUUUGCUUGGAGCCCCAUUCCUUGGAGCAUGAAGAAUGGGAAGAUGCUGCCGACCGGGAAGCAAAGAGGUUGCGGUAUGUGCAAGCUGCAAUGCAUGAACAGAGCAUGGGUCGGCCGGGGAAGAGAUUACACGAGGUGUCGUUACCAGUCGACGGCUUUGAUGUGCGCCGACUUCGAUACUAG